UGAGGGGAAGAGGAUGUGAUCAUGCGAUCGCCAGCAGACGGGAAAUUGUGAAAGUGACCUCGCUCUAGAAAAGCAGCCCACAACUGCCUUGGCUCUCAGAGGAGGCUGAGCUUCUGAGAGGACUCAUUUGAGAGUGGACCCAGCCGUCUGUCCCUCGGACAUGGAACCAAAGCGGAUCAGGGAGGGCUACCUUGUGAAGAAGGGGAGCAUGUUCAACACCUGGAAACCCAUGUGGGUUGUAUUGUUAGAAGAUGGAAUUGAAUUCUAUAAGAAGAAAAGUGACAACAGCCCCAAAGGAAUGAUUCCUCUGAAAGGAAGCACACUAACUAGCCCUUGUCAGGAUUUUGGCAAAAGGAUGUUUGUGUUUAAGAUCACUACAACCAAACAGCAGGACCACUUCUUCCAAGCAGCCUUCCUAGAGGAGAGAGAUGCCUGGGUUCGGGACAUCAAGAAGGCCAUUAAAUGCAUCGAAGGAGGCCAGAAGUUUGCGAGGAAAUCCACCAGGAGGUCCAUUCGACUGCCAGAAACCAUUGACUUAGGUGCCUUGUAUUUGUCCAUGAAAGACACCGAAAAAGGAGUAAAAGAACUGAACCUAGAGAAGGACAAGAAGAUUUUUAACCACUGCUUCACAGGUAACUGUGUCAUCGACUGGCUGGUUUCCAACAAGUCUGUUCGCAAUCGCCAGGAAGGCCUCAUGAUUGCUUCCUCACUGCUCACUGAAGGGUACUUGCAGCCUGCUGGAGACCUGUCCAAGAAUGCAGCGGAUGGAAUUGCUGAAAACCCUUUCCUGGACAACCCCGAUGCCUUCUACUACUUUCCAGACAGUGGGUUCUUCUGUGAAGAGAAUUCCAGUGAUGAUGACGUGAUUCUGAAGGAAGAAUUCAGAGGGGUCGUUAUCAAACAGGGAUGCUUACUGAAGCAGGGGCAUAGGAGGAAAAACUGGAAAGUGAGGAAGUUCGUUCUGAGAGAAGACCCUGCAUAUCUGCACUACUAUGACCCUGCUGGGGGAGAAGAGCCCCUGGGAGCAAUUCACUUGAGAGGCUGUGUGGUGACUUCAGUGGAGAGCAACCCAGAUGGCAAGAAGAGUGAAGAAGAGAACCUCUUUGAGAUCAUCACGGCUGAUGAAGUUCAUUAUUUCUUGCAAGCGGCCACCCCCAAGGAGCGCACCGACUGGAUCAAAGCCAUCCAGGUGGCCUCCCGGACUGGGAAGUGAGGACACAUCUGCAGCUCCUCAUCACCCUCCCGAGGGAACUCCAUGGACAAGCUUAGUCCAGGACCUGUCCGCUUCCAGUGACAAGUCAACGAGAAAGGGCCCAGGGGUGGGAAUUUUCACCUGCAGGGGUUCUGAAUGUAACUAACCACACACCAUGUGAUGUUCACCUGCACCCACCACGUCGCUCGCUUAAGCCUCUCUGCCACUCUCCGUGUCCCUCAAGCAGAUAUAACAAGCUGUGUGGCCUGGGUAUGCUGCUUAAUCUCUCCAGGCCUCAGGUUCCCCUUCUGGAAAGCAAAAGAGUUGAAUUAGGAGAUCCCUGAGGUCCUCCCUAGCUUAAAAACCAAAAGCCCUGUGAUUCUAAUACCCAUGGAAGUGUCUCCAGUUGUCCAGCUGAUGUCCCUCCUUGGCAAAGUCUUGGCCUUCAAAACCUGAGACAACUCUCCUCUUUAAAACUGUUUCCAAUCUGUACUAAGAGUACUAGGCAUAAACCUCUUCUGGUCUCUUUCGCUACCUUCCCUUAUUCUUGGCCACAAGAUCAUGUAGCAAAAUGAAGGGGAACUCUCUUCUUCCUUCCUCACUCUACCCAGAAGAUUCCUGAGAGCCAGCGCUGCAGUGGUGGCUUCUGUCGCUUACUCCAGCCUGGAAAGUUAUGUCUUCUGAGAAAAAGACCUGAAGAACCCAGGAGUAGCCAAGGGUCUUUUCUGUGCCUUGGAGUCACCCAGCAUAGUCGUAUUCCACUUCCACUUGAGGCUGACCUGAGAAGAGUCUAUCUUUGUGCCUUUCUGGAGUAUUUCUUUACCAUUUUUUAUAAUUAGAAGGAGGAACUCCAAAUCUUCAAGAUUCUGUUUUGUUUGAGUGUUUGCAGAAAAAAGUGGGCAGAUGGGUUCCCACCAUGGGUUUUCUCCAUGGGUGAGGGGCCUGGGCACCUGCCUGGCUCAUGUGUCCCCCGCUGCUCCAGAGGGUGCGGGGGCUGGACCGCAGGCCAGCAGAUUGAAUGAUGGGUUUAUACAAAGACAGCACUGAAAGGACUUAAGUCUAGACAGAGCUCAUGGAGGUGGCCGUGAAUGUGAGCACCUGCAGUUCUCCAGCGAAUGAUAUUGUGGUUGUGUCUGAGCGUUAAGCACAAGCUGUAGCGGCUCCGGCUUGGCCUCCGAGGGGCCUCAUGAACCCAUCAGCCAGCGUGAUCUGACCUAGAUUCAAAUCGGGUACGUGUUUCCAGUUUUUGACCCUAUCCACUAGUGAUUUAGUGAUUCUAAACCAAACUUGAAUAUGUGUGGAGUAUUUUCCAACUUCAGAUUUUUAAUUUUAAGCCCCCAGUGAGGAAAAGAGAGUAGGAAAUUCUUCCUGACUUUAUCAGCUCCUCUCUUUCCCUCCCCUAAUUCUACACAAUAUCCAUGAGGUUAUUCCUACUCCUAGAUGGUUUUAUCAAGGGCCUAGAGGUAAAAGACUAUCUUUUCUCUGAUUCUUUAAUAAACUGUCUUCUUAGAACAUGCACAGUAGUUUUUCUACAUUCAAUGUGAAAAGUAUUUAUUAAUGUGGAGUCAAAUUUAUGUUUUGAAAUAAACCUGACCGUGUUUAGUGA